UCAGAUCUGUCACACCUGUAAAAGUAGCGGCUUUACGUCAAAACAAUAAUAAAUUAACCGUAAAAUCGUGAAAAUAUGUGAAUGUGAAGGUCGUGUGGCCCCCUUGAAGUGUCCAAUGGCGACUGCAGUGGAACUCCAGUCGGUCGACAAUUCGUGGAUGGAAUUUUGCGAGAGACAUGCAAGUAUCGCGGCUCAAGACUUCUCUAAAAGUUGCAUCCAAUUCAUGUCUUUAAACCUCUCUGAAUCGGCAAAAGCGACAAUAACUUACAAAGAUUUCCUCAAGAAGUUUCUCGACACAUUUACCGAACACUUUGAAACCGACUUUAACAAACGCAAAUCUCAAAUUAACAAAAUUCCAAAUGGGGCCUCUCGAAUCGUCGACGACAUUUCGGAGCCCGAAGAGGGCUCUCCGAAAAUGCCCCAUAAGCCGUUUUUCCGAAGGUUAAGUUUCAAAAUGUUACGAAAAGGCAAAGAUUUAUUCCACAAACAGCACUCGGAUGAGGUCGAUUUGGCUCACAAUAAGACCAAAUUGGCCAAAAUAGUCGUCGAAUGCCGCAAGGAGGGGAUUGUGAGCUACUCAACUCCGGAGAGUCUCGACCAGCCUGGGGGCCCCCCUAAAUGGGAGAAAUGCCGCUUAGCCCUAGUCAAAGCCGUGGGCGGAUACAUGCUCGAAUUCUACUCACCACCGAAAGCCACUAAACCCCGUAGCGGCGUUUUUUGUGCCCUAAUCACCGAAGCCCGCGAGACUACUGCCCUGGAAAUGCCCGACCACGAAAAUACUUUCGUUCUCAAAGCCAACAAUAGCCUCGAAUUUGUGAUUUUAGCCCGAGACACCGAUGAUAUGAGGUCGUGGCUUGCUACGAUUAAGUAUUGCAUACGGUUGGGGGCGGGUUAUGGUGACACCGCCCCCGGGGAUCACCGCGACUAUCCUUCAGACGCCCCUGAGCUGCCCCCGAGACAUGUCUCGGGUCGAGGAGGCGACCGGUUGGCGUCCAAUAGUAAUUUUGAUAUGUACCCCUCAACCGGUGAUAAUAUCUCAAUGGAAACUGAUAUUGGCCAGACUUUAAAAAAAGAGUUUUGGUUCCAUGGCACUCUCGGUCGGUCCGAAGCAACAAAUCUAGUCCUCCAUGACGGUGCUAGGGGCCAUGGUUUAUUUUUGGUUCGCCAAAGUGAGACCCGAACCGGCGAAUUCGUCCUAACUUUCAAUUUCCAAGGCCGGGCUAAGCACCUCCGAAUGACUAUCAACGAUCAAGGCCAAUGCCGAGUCCAACACUUUUGGUUUCAGUCCAUCUACGAAAUGCUCGAACAUUUCCGACAACAGCCGAUUCCACUCGAAAGCGGUGGUAACUCUGACGUCACACUAACCGAUUUCGUUGUAAAUUCCGCCGCUAGAGGGCAGCUCCAAGGCUCGAUAGGGCGGAGCUCCCAAGCUUCCACCAAUGGUGUGCACGAUCGAAGAGUCCCGCCCAUACCCGAAAUAAGACAAGUCCAAACACAUAACGGGAGUGUACGAACUCAGGAAACAACACUGGAACAAAUUUCUGAAGCAAGAGCUGUUGAAAAUCAGUACAGUUUUGUUUAAAAAACAAUGUUUCACAAAAUAAAAGUCAGUAUUAUAAAAUAGUGAUCAUAUCUUCAUAUGUUUCUGCUCUUAUUUUUUUCAAAGCUGCUUUAAGACAUGGUCACUAUUUGAAAAAAAAUCAAAUAAGGACAAUAGAUGUUUCAGAAGUGUACCCCUCCCCCUAAAAACUGUAAUAUAUGUUAUAUACGUCA